AUGGGCAUGGAAGAAACUACACAUGGGGAGAGCAUCACCCCCGCGGUGGCUCCCCAGCCGCUGCCGAUGUCCAGUCAGGAGUCCGUGGUGGCCCAAAAGUCCGAAGAGGGUGUGGAUACCCCCGUGCCAUUCAUGACCUUGCGGUCGUUCGUCAUGGGCACCUUCGUGUCUAUGGGUGGUCUGCUGUUCGGUUAUGAUACCGGUCAGAUCUCCGGGUUCCAGGAGAUGUCCAACUACUUGGAACGCUACGGUGAGCUCGGCGCCGAUGGCAGCUACGUCUUCAGCAACGUGCGCUCCGGCUUGAUCGUCUCGCUGCUGUCUGUGGGUACGCUAAUCGGUGCCCUCCUCGGCGCCCCCCUGGCCGACCGACUUGGCCGGAAGUGGUCUAUCACCAUCUGGUGUCUCAUCCUGAAUGUCGGCCUCAUCGUCCAGAUCGCCUCCCCCGCCGGCAAGUGGUACCAGAUGGUCGUCGGCCGUUGGGUCACCGGUUUGGGAGUCGGUGGCUGCUCGCUGCUGGUGCCCAUGUACCAGGGUGAGAGCGCGCCGCGUCAGAUCCGUGGUGCCAUGAUCUCCUGCUACCAGCUCUUCGUCACGCUCGGCAUCUUCCUGUCCUACUGCAUCAACCUGGGUACUGAGACCCUUGAGGGCACCGCGCAAUGGCGUAUUACGCUGGGCCUGACCUUCCUCUUCGCCCUCGUCCUCGGCGGAGGCAUGAUCUUCUUCCCCGAGUCCCCGCGUUUCGAGUUCCGCCACGGCAAGGUCGAGAGCGCCCAGGCCACCAUGUCCAAGCUGUACGGCGUGCCUCCCAACCAUCGCAUCAUCCUGCAGGAGCUGCAGGAGAUCCAGCAGCAGCUUGACGCCGAGUCGCAGGCCCAGAAGUGGCACGAGUUCAUCACCGCCCCGCGCAUGCUCUACCGCGUCCUCCUGGGCAUGGUCCUGCAGUCGCUGCAACAGCUGACCGGCGCCAACUACUUCUUCUACUACGGCACCACCAUCUUCCAGGGCGCCGGUAUCUCCAACAGCUUCAUCACCCAGGUCAUCUUGGGCGCCAUCAACUUCGGCACUACCUUCGGUGGUCUGUACGUCGUCGAGAACUUCGGCCGUCGCAAGUCGCUCAUCGUCGGCGGUGCCUGCAUGUUCCUCUUCUUCAUGAUCUUUUCCUCCAUCGGACACUUCGUCCUCGAUGUCGAGAACCCCUCGAACACCCCCAACACGGGUAAGGGCAUGAUCGUCCUCGCCUGUCUCUUCAUCACGGCGUAUGCCAUGACUUGGGGCCCCAUGAUUUGGGCUAUUGCCGCGGAGCUCUUCCCCUCCAAGUACCGUGCCAAGGGUAUGGCCCUGGCCACCGCCUCCAACUGGCUCUGGAACUUCCUGAUCGGGUUCUUCACCCCGUUCAUCACCAACGAGAUCGACUUCGCCUACGGGUAUGUCUUUGCCGGCUGUCUGUUUGUCGCCAUCUUUGUCGUCUAUUUCUUCGUCAUCGAAGGUCGCGGCCGUACCCUCGAGGAGCUCGACUGGAUGUACGUCAACAAGGUCGUCCCGUGGAAGAGCGAGAAGUUCGAGAUUCCCCCGAUGCACACUGGCCGUCGUCAUGAGGACAGUGCCUAUGCCCGGAAGGAGUCGAAAUCCUACCAUGCGGAGAACGCCUAA